AUAUGCGUCUCUAAUUUAUGUCGAGACACCGCUAACGGAUGAGUCGUGUCUUGAUGUUGAAAUUAAUCAGAACUAUAUUCUGACAGACAUUAAACAUGUUUCCAACAUUAAAUGUGAUCCUACAAACAGUUUUGUUAAUUAUAGGAACAUACAUCUUUUAUCAUGCUGUUUCAAUAUUCAUCAAGUAUCGACAAAACAAGAAAAUAUUUAAUGGAGCUAAGGGACCAGAAAAAUAUCACUGGUUGUUUGGCAGUUACUUUUAUUUGCCGACUGAUAGUCAUGAGCUAACAACGUAUUUGAUGGAAAUGGGUAAUAAAUACGGAAGUGAGCAAGGGUAUGUUGUACUGUGGGGCAUGCUGGGUAAACUUAUUUUGUUUCCAACCUGUCCACGUGUAACUGCAAAAGUGUUAAAAGGCAAUGAACCCAAGUCGAUGGGUUUAGAUGGAGCUUACAGACAUUUAUAUCCGUGGCUUGGAGAUGGAUUGCUUGUAGCUAACGGUGAAAAAUGGGCGCGAAACAGACGUCUGCUUACUCCCGCUUUUCACUUUGACAUACUGAAGCCGUAUAUGAAUGUAUAUAACCAGUCUGCUGAUGUGUUCGUUAAAAAACUUGCGGCUAAAGCAAAAACCAAUGAAAGAUUCGAAGUGUUCCAGCACGUCUGUAUGUAUACAUUGGAGGUUAUAUUAAAGUGUGCGUUUUCAUACAGCGAAGACGUUCAAACAGCAGGUGAGUCUAAUGAAUAUGCAAGUACAGUGAAUAGAAUAACCGACGCCCUUACAUGCAGAUUCUUCAAUCCAUUGAUGCACUUUGAUGUCAUUUGGAAUCUAAGUUCAACCGGACGGCAAUUUAAAAAAGAUUGUGAUUUUGUUCAUGCAGUAGCCGAGGAAGUAAUUGACAAAAGGAGAGAUGCUUUGAAUAAACAAGACAGUACCAAGAGUAGCAGUUACACCGACUUCCUUGAUAUUCUUCUGACAGCACGUGACGAAGACGGACAGGGUCUUACAAAACUGGAGAUACGGAAUGAAGUGGAUACUUUCUUGUUCGAAGGUCACGACACAACAGCCAGUGCCUUAGCAUGGAUCUUGUAUUCUUUGGCAGAGCACCCUGAAUGUCAACAAAAAUGCCAGACUGAGAUAGAUGAGAUACUUGCAGGCAGGGAAACAGAUGAUCUAGAGUGGUAUAAAAAUUGUUCCCUUUAUCGUAACAUUAUCUUGAUUUGUGAAUCUUACAUAGUGAUGGAUGGAAUGUUUCUUUUUUAUAAAUAGUUUCCCUUAAAUGAA